UAAAAUGACACUAUUAUCUGAUAUGGUUUUUUUAUAAAUAACAUGACAUGCCUUAAACCUUCUCUAUAUAUGUUUGGGAGAAGAGAAAGUGCCUCCAAAUCAAGCAGAGAAAGUCCUAAUGACUUCUUCUCCUCCUCCAACCAAGCCUGAUGUGACCCUAUCCUUAACUUUACCAUCCCCAACAGCCCAACCUGAAGAAAGAGGCAUCAAGCUAAUCCAGCUCUUGCUAACAUGCGCCAACCAUGCCUCCUCUGGUAACCUCCACCGUGCCGAUGCCUGCCUCCGCCAAAUAUCCCAGCUUGCCUCUGUCUCUGGCAACUCCAUGCAGCGGCUGGCUGCCCGGUUCGCCUCUGCCUUGGCGGUCCGGCUCAUUAAGCGUUGGCCGGGCCUUUAUAAGGCCCUGAAUAAUGCUAGACCGGCAAGUCCAGAAGUGGACCGGGCCUGGUCCAUCUUCACCCAAGCCUUCCCUUAUCUCGGGUUUGCCUAUGCCAUCAUUACCCGAACCUUGAUCCAUACUAUGUCCGAGGAGCGUGUCAUCCACAUAGUGGAUUUGGGUUUGGGAGAUCCAAAGUUGUGGGUUCCACUGCUACAAGGCUUGGGGCAUUUGCCCAAUGGGCCUCCCCAUUUGAAGAUCACUUGUGUUAGUACCAAUAAAGUUGUGCUAGACAAGUUAGGGACAAAGCUUGUGAAAGAGGCUGAAAGCUUAGACAUGCCAUUCCAAUUCAACCCUGUCAAUGUUGGGCUAAGAGAGCUCAGCAUAGACAUGCUAAAAGUAAGAUCAGGUGAAGCCUUGGCUUUGGCAUCAGUACUUAGCCUCCAUGUCUUGUUGGCUGAGGAUGAUAGUGUCGACGCACAUUUUGGAGCCAACAAGAGCAACAAUGGUGUCAAGGAUUGUAAGCAAAUGAGUGAAUUCCUAGCAAUGGUACGGUCCAUGUCGCCCAAGGUCAUGUUAAUGGUGGAGCAAGAAUCGGAUCACAACAUGAACCGUCUUGUGGACCGGUUUGUUGAAGGUUUGCAUUAUUACAGUGCGGUGUUUGAUUCAAUAGAUGCCACUUUUGGAGGAUCUUCGUGCGAAGAGCGUGUCGUGUUAGAGGAAAUGUUUGGGAAAGAUAUUGAAAAUAUCGUGGCGUGCGAAGGGCUAGAGAGAGAGGAGAGGCACGAAAGGCACACAAGGUGGGUGGUCAGGUUCGCUCAAGCAGGGUUCAGACCGGUGCGAUUGUGGUAUGACACCAUGGAGGAGGCAAAGCGAUUGGUCGAGGCGUAUGGACCAGAUAGCGGUUACAUUAUAGUCAGUGAACGAUUGAGUCAAAUGAUAUGUUGGCAUGGUCGACCCCUUUAUUCCGUAUCUGCUUGGAAUGGUUCUAAUUGAAUUUUGAAUUUUGUUAUCACUAAGAA